GAGAACACGACAGCCACUAAAACCAACCAACCUUUUUAGUAUUCAUUCACCCAAGAAACGAGAGAAACAACACCUGGCUUUUGGAAGCAACACAAAAGAGAGCAAUUGAGUCAAGUCCUUGAGUACGGUAUCACAAUUGCUGGUGCAGAAUUGAAAAGAACAGCCACCAUUGUGUCGUUUAGACUGAUUGCGAGGACCUUGAGAGUCAGGGGUACAUCUAUUCAUAAUCUAUCCUGCUGUUCCUUUGGACAAAGAUCUUUCCCAGUUACCCCCCAACGCUUCCUUUCUACCAUGUCAACGGAUACUGCUACAGAUAAUGAGAAGAAGAAGACACAAGAGGAUGAUACUACAACUUCCAAUAGUUCCUUCAAGUCGAUAGUGGAAGGUUCCAUCACCAUGAAAUACCCCGUCGACGAGGAAGGAACCGUCUUUUACAAUCCCGUCCAAGUCCAAAAUCGAGAUCUCAGCAUUCUCAUGCUCACACUCUACUCGGAACGACUCGCUGUGAAAAACGCCGUCGCUCAGAAACGACGAGAAUUAAGACAACAAAAUCACACGGCGGAAACUCGCAAAUCCGCUUUGGAAAUCCAACAAGAAUUGGACGACUAUCAGGCAUCCCUCAAUCCUCGAACGUUGCCUUCGUCCAAGCACAAUAAUGGCAUGACCAUUUUGGAUGCCUUGGCAGCGUCGGGAUUGAGAUCCAUGCGAUAUUGGAAGGAAAUUCCAGGAGUCAAACAUGUCACCAUCAAUGAUCUAGAACCAGCUGCCGUCGAUCGAGCACACCAAAAUCUACAAGAAAAUGGACUGGCAGAUCAAGUCGUCGCAACGUAUGACACUACCGACCAAACGACUCCCGAAAACACCACCGUUCCUUGGCAACGACCACAUGGUAUUCAUGUACAAAAUGGAGAUGCCAAAAUUGAAAUGUACCAAUCCCAACGAUCGCAAUCACUCGUCUCCAUACCCAACCAAAACAGUCUCAUUCUGCAACAAGCCAAAUUGAAGCCACAAUACGACGUGAUUGACUUGGAUCCCUACGGAUCCGCGGCGCCCUUUCUAGAUGCGGCAGUACAAGCCGUGGAAUCCGGGGGCAUGCUCUGUGUCACAUGUACCGACAUGGCCGCGCUGGGGGGAUCCCAUCCCGAAACCUGUUAUGGACGCUAUGCGAGCAUGCCCAUUCCCAGUGCCCGUUAUUUGCAAGAAGUGGCACUCCGUAUUUUACUCAAAGAAAUCGCCACGACAGCCGCCAAAUACGGACGCACCAUUCAACCCAUUCUGUCCGUGGGAAUGAACUUUUAUAUUCGCGUCUUUGUUCAAGUAAACAAUGACAAGGCCGGAGUGGCGAAAUUGUCGUUGCAAGUGGGAUCCGUCUUUCAAUCCACACAGUGUCCAUCGUUUCAUAUUGCAGCGCAUGGACGAAUGGGGGGCAAGAAAGGAACCGUGUAUCAACCACAACGGGCACCGCCUGUUCCCAAAUGCGAAGAAACUGGAGCCGAUUUCAAAGUGGGAGGACCCAUGUGGUUGGGACCACUGCAUGAUGCAGAUGUGGUGGAGGCGGCAUUGGAGCGAUUGCGCGAAGAGCAACCACAACAACAACAAUUGUGUCCCAACAUGAAAUGGAUGGCAACCAAAGAACGAUUGGAAGGAUUGCUCAUGAGCGUUCAGGAAGAAUUGUCUGACGUUCCACUCUAUUAUGCCAUGCCAGAUUUUUGCAGAGUAGUAAAAUGCUCGGCGCCACCCAUUAACAGUGUCAAGGCGGCUCUAAUCAACGGGGGAUAUCGGGUAUCUGGGUACCAUAAAGAUCCACAGGCGAUCAAAACCAAUGCGCCCAACCGAUUCAUGUGGGAUAUUCUGCGAGUCUGGUGGAAGAAGAAUCCACCCAAGAAACAACCCGACAAAGAUUCCCCGGCAGGCAAAAUCUUGGCGGUGGAACCCCAGCAUGAGAUUGACUUUACGAUUCCCGAAUCACUGCGAAAACAGAUUACUGCCAACAGUAGAGCCGCCAAAACGGACGGCAAAAAAAAGGUCUCGCGGUUCCCUAUGAACCCAGAAGCUAACUGGGGGCCCAAAAAGGCAGCGUCGGGGAAGAAACGGAAAAUUGAUGACCAAUGAGGACGGUUAGAUAGCUGCCAGUGCCGUAAUAAUGUGUAGAACAACUAACUAUAAAGGAGCAUUAGAUCUUUCU